GAAAAUUAGUCGAACGAUUUUACAUGGUUCCAGAAAGUGGAAAAUUCUAAUUUUAUCGAUGUUUUUAAUAUGAUGUGGUUUUGAAUUCACAUAAUGACCGAAGGAACAGUAUCGGGCUGUAAAAGAGACCUCGUAAGGGAGCGCCUAGUUAAAAAAAUAACUGAUAAACAACAGGAAUUAGAGGCCCGAACCGACCUAAACAUUAAAGUACCCAGGCUCACCCUACCCUCCGAUUUCAACAUACAUGAUCGUUCGAUAUUCUCCUUACCACCCUCCAUCCUCAAGCCUAUAUUGGCAUCGGGGUAUCCCAAAUACAAGAAGCAAGUAGCCGCCGAAAAGAAACAAGCCGCCGAACGUCAGGUUAAGUUCCAUUCAUACACCGAAUUGAGGAAACAGAGGGAGGCGUACAGAAAGCGCUUGGUAAAGCUGAUAACAGCCAAAGAAGAGGAGCAAGAAGUCGAAUACGCCUACGGAUACGCCCCCACGGCCGACGAAAACGAGCUAUUGCGUUACUACUACUACAUAAAAAAUGGCGCCGAUACGGUAUUCGUGGCGCCGAUCGACGACAACAUCCUGAAGAGAGUCCUGGCGCUGAUUCCCAAGAAACUCUUGCGCUACGAAGCGACGCUAGGCCAGAGCAUCAGCGACGUGAAAUCGGACUACAUUCUGGCGAUGAAGAAGGCCAUCGUGGACUUCGUCCUGCAGGAUCCCAAUUUCGUCAACGCCGUGGGCGAGGACUUGACGGGCGAACGGCUGGAGCUGAAGGAAAUCGGCAACAAGUACAAGGCCUCCAUCGCCGCGUCCACUAAGAAAAUCUUCAGAAACUUGCACGCCAUCAAUCCGUGCGUCGCCGCCAUCAUCGAUAUAUGGGAGAAACAGUACAUAAACUUGCGGUUGUUGAACAUCAACGAGCUGAAGGCCCACGACGGCGCUUUCGAUCUGAACGAGUUCAAAUACGUGACGCAGAAGCAGAUCAGCGAUUGCAAGGAGCAAUUGAUGAGCAAAUAUUACUACGCCGUCACCGAUAUCUUUCUGCAGGGCAACAAGAAGGGCCAGCUGCCGGAUCCGGCCAAGAAGAAGAAAAUGGACGCGUUCUACAACGCCGUCGCCACGACCAUGACCUCGCAUUUGCGCACGCUCUGCCUCAACUCCUUGGCCGAUUACAUGAGUUAUAUUUUGGACAUAAAGUACGCCAAUAAAGGCUUCCAAAUCAGAUUGCAGCAAAGAGGAAGCGUCUUGACGUUCGAGCCGGCCUUUAAGAAUUUCCGCGACGUGCUGGUGGCUUUAAUCGAUAUGAUGAUUCUGGCCGUAAUGGACCCGAUAAUCGACAACGAUAUAGUCAAUGAAUACAAAGAGCAAAUCAAAGAGAUGCUGGAAGAUCAACGGAUCGGUCCCGAAUUGAGAGUGCAAGACUUCGACGAGUUUCUGCCGUUGAUAAACGGCGUCUACGAGGCGUACAUUAACGGAUUUUUAGAGAACGAACAAACGUUGGAAACCAUGAACGAGGAGAUAACGAAAUUCGAGCAAAUCACCAACAGAAUACCGUUUUCCACGGAGUACGUGGUGCGCUUGGGCGUGUACGACAUGAACAGAGUGGAAUUGCUGAGGUCCCUCGAGAUAGCCGCUCAGGAAUUCGUGGACAAAUUGGUGGAUAAAUGCGUUAAAGACUUGGCGCUGAUGAGCAAAAACUUGAUCGAAGAGUACCAAGCCAUCGCCGAGAAGGCCACCAGUACGCCCAAAAACACCAUGCACUUGGUGAGCCUGCAAGCAUUCGUAAACGAUACUGAAACCAUAAAAUUGGGAGAAAUGGAAGACAAAUUGAAGGACGUGAUGGCUUACAUACUUUUCUUAGCCGAUCACGUAAUCUUCAGCCCGCUGUCGUUGAAAGUCAACAACAGCGCCUUCCAAUGGUACUUGUACAUGCCGAAAAUCAUAGAAGAGCACCGGCAGAUGGUCGAGGUAAAAGUCGAGGAAUUCCAGGCCUCGCUCAAAGUCAAAAUCGAGAAAUUCGUCGCCGAAUUGGAAACGUACGCCCGAAUGGUGGACGACGUGGAAAAUUGGGGAGACAUCAACGAACUGCCGAGAUAUUUCAAGAAAGCCACCAAACUGGACGAACGCUUGGUGAAAGCUUUGGAGAAAAUCGACGAGUUCAACGAAGAGGAAGCGGCCUUCGGCUACGAGCUCUCCCAGUAUCCCAUACGCAAGAAAAUCCACGAUAAAAUCAACCCGUACAAGAAGCUAUUCGACAAUUGCAUGGAAUUCGUGACGAAAAACAACCUUUGGAUGACGUCGAGAGUGGGCAGUUUCGAUCCGGAGGCCAUCGAAAACGACAUAUCCAACAUAUACCGGAACGUCUACAAAUUGGAGAAACAAUUCUCGGAUAAACCCAAAACUCAAUCGUUAGCUACAAACGUGAGAGAGCGCAUAGAGACGUUUAAAGAGCACAUGCCUAUCAUCCAAACGCUGGGCAAUCCGGGCAUGAAGGAGCGCCAUUGGGAGCAGAUAUCCGAAAUCGUCGGUUUUCCUAUAGUCGUCACCGACGAGCUCACCUUGGAGCGAAUAAUUGAGUACGGCCUCAACGAGUACAUCGAGAAAUUCGAGGCGAUAUCCGAAGCCGCCACCAAAGAGAACAACCUGGAGAAGAGCUUGAAGAAGAUGUUCGAGGAAUGGGAGGACAUCAUCUUCACCGUGAUGGUGUAUAAAGACACCGGUACGUACGUGGUGUCUGCUGUAGAUGAUAUACAGGUCAUGCUGGACGAUCAUAUCAUCAAAACGCAAACGAUGAAGAACUCGCCGUACAUCAAACCGUUCGAAAAGGAAACUCUAGCUUGGGAAGCCAAAUUGCAAUUGCUGCAGGAGAUCUUAGACGAGUGGUUGAAAGUACAAGCUACCUGGAUGUAUUUAGAACCGAUAUUUUCGUCUCCUGACAUCCAAAACCAAAUGCCCGAGGAAGGAAGAAGAUUCAGCGCUGUGGAUAAAAUUUGGAGAGACUUGAUGAAAACGGUGUACAACGACCCGAAGGUGUUGUCGGUAGUAGAAAUCGAAAAAAUGGCCGAAAGACUGAAGAAGAGCAACGCCCUAUUAGAUCUGAUCCAAAAGGGAUUGAACGACUACUUGGAGAAGAAGAGAUUGUACUUCCCCAGAUUCUUCUUCUUGUCCAACGACGAACUGCUAGAAAUCUUAUCCGAAACGAAAGAUCCCACGAGAGUCCAACCGCAUUUGAAGAAGUGCUUCGAAGGCAUAGCGAAGUUGAAUUUCACCGAAGACUUGGACGUGACGCACAUGAAAUCCAGCGAAGGCGAAGUGGUGCCUUUGGUGGACAUUAUUUCGACCGCUUUGGCCAGAGGACAAGUGGAAAAGUGGCUGGUCGAAUUGGAAGUGGACAUGAAAAAAUCCAUCAAGAACAUCAUAAAAAUGGCCAUCGAGGACUAUCCGAAGAAGAUCAGAGACAAAUGGGUGCUGUUGUGGCCCGGACAGAGCAUCAUUUGCGUCGGUAGUACUUUUUGGACAACCGAAGUGACCCAGGCUAUAAGUCAAGGACCGCAAGCUUUGAAAGAUUAUCUGGUGAAAUGUAACAAUCAAAUCGCGAAGAUCGUUGAUUUAGUGCGAGGUUAUCUCAAUUUACAAAAUCGAAUCAGUUUAGGAGCUUUGGUUGUAAUAGAUGUCCACGCCAGAGACGUUUUAGCCGGCUUGUGCAACGAUGGAGUCAAAAACGUAUUCGAUUUCAAGUGGUUGUGUCAAUUGAGAUACUACUGGGAGGAUAAUAACAUGAUCACACAAAUGAUAAACAGCAUGUUGCCGUACGGUUACGAAUACUUGGGCAACACCCCUAGGCUCGUAGUGACUCCAUUAACUGACAGAUGUUACAGAACUCUAUUCGGAGCGCUGAAUCUACAUUUAGGAGGAGCUCCAGAAGGUCCAGCAGGUACCGGCAAGACCGAAACCACCAAAGAUUUAGCGAAAGCCGUGGCCAAGCAGUGCGUGGUGUUCAAUUGCUCCGACGGUUUGGACUACAUCGCUUUGGGAAAGUUUUUCAAGGGUUUGGCUUCUUGCGGAGCCUGGUCUUGCUUCGACGAAUUCAAUCGAAUCGAUCUGGAAGUGUUAUCGGUGGUGGCCCAGCAGAUCCUCACCAUCCAGCGAGGCAUCAAUUCCGGCGCCGAGAAGAUGAUGUUCGAAGGGUCGGAGAUCACGUUGGAUCCCACCUGCGCUUGCUUCAUCACCAUGAAUCCAGGUUACGCCGGUAGAUCCGAAUUGCCGGAUAAUUUGAAGGCUCUGUUCAGAUCCGUGGCGAUGAUGGUGCCCGAUUACGCCCUGAUAUCCGAAAUCGAGCUGUACGCUUUCGGAUUUCUGAUAGCCAAACCGUUGUCUGUUAAAAUCGUGGCUACUUACAGAUUGUGCUCGGAACAGUUGUCUUCUCAAUGCCAUUACGAUUACGGAAUGAGAGCAGUGAAAUCUGUACUAAGAGCCGCUGGUUCGUUGAAACUGAGAUACCCCAAAGAGAAGGAGGAUAUAUUGGUAUUGAGGUCUAUCAUCGAUAUUAAUUUGGCUAAAUUUUUGGAACAAGACGUACCGUUAUUCGAGGGCAUAACGUCGGAUUUGUUCCCGGGCGUGGUGCUGCCCGAGCCGGACUACGUGAUUUUGGACAAAGCCGUUAAAGACCAGUGCAAAACGGUGAAUCUGCAAUGCACGCCGUUCUUCCUGCAGAAGGUCCACCAGCUGUACGAGAUGAUCAACGUGCGGCACGGCCUCAUGCUGGUCGGGCUGCCAUUCGCCGGCAAAACGAGCUGUUACAGGGUGCUGGCGGACGCGCUCGGCCUGGUCGAAGAAAGGGGCGGUAUGGACGAGCACCGGGCCGUGUACAUCAUCAUGAAUCCCAAGUCGAUCACGAUGGGGCAAUUGUACGGGCAAUUCGAUGCCAUAUCGCACGAAUGGUCGGACGGGAUAUUGGCGAUUAGCUUCAGAUUUUUCGCGAUGUCGACCACGGAAGAUCGUAAAUGGUUGAUUUUCGACGGGCCAGUGGACGCUGUUUGGAUCGAAAACAUGAACACUGUGUUAGAUGACAAUAAAAAAUUGUGCCUGAUGUCCGGCGAGAUUAUUCAAUUGGCCAACACCACCACUCUAAUGUUCGAACCGAUGGAUUUGGAUGUAGCCUCUCCUGCUACAGUGUCGAGAGUUGGGAUGAUUUACUUGGAACCGAUGGCGAUGGGUUGGGAACCCAUGCUGAUGUCUUGGUUGAACGUGCUGCCGCCUUUCAUCAAUAACGACUUCUACAAGGCGAUGCUGUUCAAUUUAUUCCUGAGAUUCUGCAAACCUUUGUUGUGGUUGAUUAAAAAGGGCGGCGUUAAAGAAAUUUGCCCGUCCCAAGAUCACAAUCUGGUCAAAUCGACGAUGAACAUGUUCGAUUGCUUCAUGGACGAUUUCUACGACGAGAAAUACAGAGAGCAAGUGUCCGAUUUGGACGUUAGGGCGCAAAUAGAAGGCUCGUUUUUCUUCUCGUGCAUAUGGGGCCUGGGCGGCACGUUGGACAACAACAGCAGAGAACAAUUCAGCUACAUGUUCAGAAUGCUUCUGGAAAAGGAAGUUCCGCCGCAGCUGAUAGACUCCUUUCCCGAGCUGCCCCAUCGCGUCCUCAAGCCCGACAAGCCGUACAUCUUCUCCAUACCCGCCGCGCAGACCGUCUUCGACUACAGAUUUAUCAAAGAGGGCAAGGGCAAGUGGAAGCUGUGGGAGGACGAAUUGCUCAGCUGUCCGCCGAUACCGCGCGACAUUCCCAUCAACCAGAUCAUCGUCACCACGGUGGAAACCAUCAGGAACAUCGCUAUAAUGAUGUUGGUGAUGCAGCACGAUAAACACAUGAUUGUUGUCGGUCCAACGGGAACCGGAAAAUCGGUGUAUAUUACAGAUUUUCUGCUGAAGAAAAACUCGAAGAUGUACAUACCGUUGUUCAUCAAUUUCUCCGCUCAAACUACCGCCAAUCAAACGCAAAAUAUCAUCAUGGCUAAAUUGGACAAGAGGCGUAAAGGGGUAUUCGGCCCUCCUGUGCUGAAGAAAUGCAUCAUAUUUGUGGACGACGUGAACAUGCCGGUGAAGGAAGUGUACGGGGCCCAACCGCCCAUCGAAUUGCUGAGGCAAUGGUUCGAUCACGAAAUGUGGUACGAUCUCAAGGAGAUCGUGCCGAUGAAACUCAUUGACAUACAGUUCAUUUGCGCGAUGUGCCCUCCCGGCGGCAGCGGUAACGUGAUAACGCCGCGAUUCAUGAGGCACUUCAAUCAUCUGUGCAUCGACGAGUUUCAGGAAUCUGUAUUGAUCAACAUAUUUGGCAAGAUUAUGCUGUGGCAUUUGGAUACAAGAGGGUUUUCCAAAGAAUUCGAUCCGUGCAUAGAAGAAAUCGUCAACGCCACAUUGGAAACAUUCAAACAAGCCAGACUGAACCUUCUACCCACUCCCACGAAGUCUCACUACUUGUUCAACUUGCGGGACUUCUCCAGAGUGAUACAAGGAGUGCUGUUGUCCGUACCGGAGGUGAUCGAGGACUUGGUGGCGAUGAAACGCCUGUGGGUGCACGAGGUGCUCCGGGUGUACUACGACAGAUUGGUGGACGAAUCGGAUCGCCAGUGGAUAUGCGAGGCGUUGCACGACGUCUGCGAGGUGUACCUCCACGAGAACCUCGACGAAAUGUUCACCAGGUUGAAGAGGAAAGGACAACGCAUUGGAGAACCGGAGUUGAGAAAUUUAAUUUACUGCGACUUUGCCAAUCCGCAAGCAGACACCAGGAAUUACACUGAAGUGUUGAACAUCGACGAUUUGACCAAAAUCGUGGAAGGUUACUUGGCCGAGUUCAACAACAUGUCGAAGAAACCGAUGAAUCUCGUACUAUUUAGGUUCGCCGUGGAGCAUCUGUCGAAGAUCUGCAGGAUUCUGAAGCAGCCGCGCUCGCACGGCCUCUGCGUGGGCAUCGGCGGAUCCGGCAGGCAAUCGCUCACCAGACUAUCAGCGCACAUUUCCGAAUACGAACUGUACCAGGUGGAAAUAACGCGCACCUACGGCGUGUUCGAGUGGCGCGAGGACGUCAAGUCGAUACUGAAGAAGAGCAGCAGCUCGGAGUUGCCCAGCGUGUUCAUGUUCUCCGACAGCCAGAUCAAAGAGGAGGCGUUCUUGGAGGAUUUGAGCAAUCUGAUGAACUCCGGCGAGGUGCCGAACAUCUUCACCACCGAAGAGAAGAUGGAGCUGUGCGAGAAGAUGCGCCAGCUGGACAGGCAGCGCGACAAGGCGCUGCAGACGGACGGCAGCCCGCCGGCCCUGUACAAUUUCUUCGUGCAAAUCGUCAGGGAGCAGUUGCAUUUGAUUUUGACCAUGUCGCCGAUCGGCGCGAGCUUCAGGAACCGCGUGCGGAAGUUUCCGGCUUUGGUGAAUUGUUGCACCAUCGAUUGGUUCCAAAAAUGGCCCGAAGACGCUUUGAUGGCGGUGGCGACGAGAUUUUUGGGCGAAAUCGAGCUGUCGCCGCACGAGAAGAAGGUCUGCAUAGACAUGUGCCAAUUGUUCCACAUGUCCACUCAGGAUCUAUCCGAGGAGUUUUUCAAACGGCUCAGAAGAUACAACUACGUAACGCCCACAUCGUAUUUAGAAAUGAUCAACACGUUCAAAACGUUCCUGCUGCAAAAACGAAAGGAAAUUUUGGAGUUGAAGAAGCGCUACGAAGUCGGCGUGGAGAAAUUGGACACGGCCGGGGCGGAGGUGGCGGUGAUGCAAAGCAGCUUGGAGGCUUUGCAGCCUCAAUUGAUCGUCGCCGCUGCUAACGUGCAAAAAACCAUGAUAAUUGUGGAACAUCAACAGCGCGAGGCCGCCAUCCAAGAGGAGCACAUCAAGGCCGAUGAGGCUAUAGCCGGGGAACAAGCCAGAGAGGCGCAGGCGAUCAAAGACGAUUGCGACGCCAAUUUGGCCGAAGCUAUGCCCAUCAUGGAGGCGGCUUUAGAGGCUUUGAACACUCUAACACCGGCCGAUAUCAGUCUCGUAAAGGCGAUGAAGAAUCCACCGAAGGGCGUGAAGUUAGUUAUGGAGGCGGUAUGCAUCGUUAAGGUAACGUAUAUUUCGUACAAACGAGCCUCUUCUUCCAAACAAACAUCCUGUACAAGCGCCUGUGUCGCGCGUUGCUCGGUCACCGCGUCAACUUUUCGCAAAAUUAUGAGUGACAACAGUGGAUCGGAUUCAUUCAAAGAUGCAACCGACCAUCAACCGGACGACGCCGAUUGUUCGCAAUCCGAUGCUCCGAGCGACAGCGAAGCCUCAUCGUCGGCGAGUCCGAGCUCGUCCGAACCGCCGGACGCGGCCAAAUCCCGCCGGAACGUUUCGAAGUUUUCUUCGGUCGGCACGGCGAUCGAUUGGUCGGUGUUGCGCCGCAACCUGGUUGACCGAGGAUGCGGCAGCCGGACGUUGUUCGAGCUCGAUGACGAAGCGCUGAGCUUCCACAGCACCUCCAGCGACAUGGAGACCAUGCAACAGUGGAGGAUCGAAUGGUACUACGAGAGGGAGUCGCAAUGGCAACACGAAAUCAACUACGAAUGGAUGGAUAACGGAGAGGUGAAGCCGCAGAGGGUGCCGGCGCCGAGCGGCAUGGGCCUGAUCGACGACUACUGGGGCCCGUCGCUGAAGCUCCUCAGCGACAUCAGGUUCCUGGAGAGCCUGAUGAACUUCGACAAGGACAACAUACCGCCGAAGGUGAUGGACAAGCUGAAGCACCAGAUACUCAACGACGAGAACUUCGAUCCGGACAAGAUCAAGACGGCGUCGACGGCCGCCGAGGGCCUGUGCAAGUGGAUCAUCGCCAUCGCGAAGUACGACAAGGUGGUGAAGGUGGUGGCGCCGAAGAAGGCCGCCCUGGCGGUGGCCGAGGGCAUGCUGGCGACGGCGAUGUCGGAGCUGGAGACGAAGCGGGCGCAGCUGCGCGCCGCCCAGGAGAACGUGGCCCGCUUGGAGGCGGUGCUCGAGAGCGAGAAGCUGAAGCUGGCGAAUCUGGAGAAGGACGUGGAAAUGUGCGAGAUGAAAUUGCAGAGGGCCGAGGAGCUGAUCGGCGGUUUGGGCGGCGAGAAGGACAGGUGGAAGCAGAUCGCCUACGAUUUGGGACAGGUUUACCUGAUAUUGACGGGCGAUGUACUGUUGGCCGCCGGCGUGGUGGCUUACUUGGGUCCGUUCACGUUGGUGUUUCGGAAUAAGCAGACGAAGAGAUGGGUGGAGAGUUUGACGAAGAGCGGGGUGGUUUGCAAUCAUGAUUUCCAAUUGACGACCGUUUUGGGUGAUCCGGUCGUCAUUAGGGCUUGGAGCAUUUUCGGCUUGCCUUCGGACAGCUUCAGCGUUGAUAACGGCAUUAUUAUAUCAAACGCGCGUCGUUAUGCAUUGCUGAUCGAUCCACAAGGGCAAGCUAAUAAAUGGAUAAAAAACAUGGAGAAAGCCAACAAUUUGGCCAUCAUCAGAUUAAAUCAAGCCGAUUACGUUAGAAUAUUGGAAAACGCUAUACAGUUUGGUCAACCGGUACUACUGGAAAAUAUUAACGAGGAAAUCGAUCCGGUAUUGGAACCCGUUUUGGCGCAACAGACCUUCAAGCAAGGCGGUGCGAUGUGCUUGAAAUUGGGCGAUUCCGUUAUUGAAUAUUGUUCGAAAUUCAAGCUCUACAUAACAACGAAGCUUAGAAACCCCCAUUACUUACCCGAGGUAGCCGUGAAGGUGACUUUGGUGAAUUUCAUGAUCACCAAAGUGGGUUUGCAAGAUCAAAUUUUGGGCAUAACAGUAGCCAAAGAACGACCCGAUUUGGAAGCGGAAAAGAACAAUUUGAUCGUUCAAGGCGCGGAAAAUAAGAGAGCUUUGAAGGAAAUCGAAGAUAAGAUUCUAUUCGUGCUCAGCACGUCGCAAGGUAACAUUUUAGAGGACGAAACGGCCGUGCAAAUUUUGAGUUCCUCUAAAAUACUGGCCAACGAUAUAGCCGCCAAGCAAGCCAUAGCGGAGGUUACCGAAAAACAGAUCGAUACCGCCAGAUUGGAGUACACCCCUAUAUCCAUACACACGACGAUAUUGUUCUUCACCAUAGCCGAGCUGGCAAACAUCGAUCCCAUGUACCAAUAUUCGCUGGCUUGGUUCAUUAAUUUGUACAAAUCCGCUAUAGACAACACCGAAAGAGUGGAAAACGUCGCCGAUAGACUGAGAGAUUUAGAGCAGUACUUCACUUAUUCGCUCUAUGUGAAUAUCUGCAGAAGUUUGUUCGAAAAGGAUAAAUUAUUGUACUCUCUACUUUUGACGAUCAAUCUAAUGGACAAUCGCGGGGAAUUGAACAAAGCCGAAUGGAUGUUCUUCCUCACCGGCGGUGUGGGAUUGGAGAAUUUUAACGUUAAUCCCACGACGUGGCUGGUGAAAAAAUCCUGGGACGAACUUUGCAGGCUCACCGAUUUGUUCGCUUUCCACGGAUUAUUGGACCACUUCCUCGAGAACCACGAGAAAUGGAAGGUGCUGUUCGAUUCCGGCGAGCCGCAGGAGAUCGACCUCCCGGAACCGUGGAACACCAAUUUGAAUAUGCUCCAAAAAUUGGUCAUUUUGCGGGUGUUCAGAUACGACAAGGUCGUACCGGCCGUGCAAAACUUCGUUUUAGAGAGCAUCGGCAGGAAGUACAUCGAACCGCCGCCCUUCGACCUGGUGUCGUCCUACGCGGAUUCCCACUGUUGCAUUCCGCUCAUCUUCAUCCUGACGCCGGGCUCCGAUCCCACGGGCGUGCUGCUGAAAUUCGCCGACGACCAGGGCUUCGGCACCAACAGAUUGUUCGCCCUGUCGCUGGGCCAAGGCCAAGGGCCCAUCGCCAUGAGGCUCAUCGACGACGGCGUGAAGAACGGCACGUGGGUGGUGCUGCAGAACUGCCAUUUGGCCAAGAGUUUCAUGCCGAAUUUGGAGAAAAUUUGCGAGAAUUUAACGCCGGAUUCCACCCAUCCGGAUUUUAGGUUGUGGUUGACUUCGUAUCCGGCGGAUCAUUUCCCCGUGCUGGUGUUGCAAAACGGCGUGAAAAUGACCAACGAGCCGCCUAAAGGGCUCAAAAACAACAUCAUUAGGUCAUAUUUGAGCGAUCCAGUGUGCGAUCCGGAAUGGUACGAGCAGUGCAAGCAACCGAUGCCGUUCAAGAAGCUCUUGUACGGUUUGUGUUUCUUCCACGCCAGCAUCCAGGAGAGAAGGAAAUUCGGUCCUUUGGGUUGGAAUAUACCGUACGAAUUCAACGAGACCGAUUUCAGGAUCAGCGUUAUGCAAUUGCAAAUGUUCCUCAAUCAAUACGAGGAUAUUCAAUAUGAAGCUAUUCUGUAUUUGACCGGCGAAUGUAAUUACGGUGGUAGGGUAACAGAUGAUUGGGAUCGAAGGACUUUAUCGACGAUCCUGAAGAAGUUUUACUCGCCAUUGGUGGUUGAUAAUAUUCGGCAUCCUUUGGAUCCUUCGGGUAUUUAUUAUGUACCAGAGAAGACGGAUUACGAGGAUUACAUCGCUUAUACGAGAACAUUACCGUUAAUUAGUCAUCCUGAAGUGUUCGGUAUGCACGAAAACGCGGACAUUAUGAAGGAUAAGCAGGAAACCGAUUUGCUUUUUACUAACACGCUUCUUACGCAGGACGCCAUGUCGAGCGGCGGUUCGGAGAAGUCCCCCGACGAGGUCAUCUUCGAGGUGGCUUCGGACAUUCUGCAGAAACUGCCGCCCUCGUUCGACCGAGACAAGGCGAUGGAAAUGUACCCCACGUCCUACAAGCAGAGCAUGAACACGGUGCUGGUGCAAGAAAUGACCAGGUUCAACGUGCUGCUCAACCGGAUCCGGCUGAGCCUGGAGAACGUGAAGAAGGCCAUCAAGGGAGUGAUCGUGAUGUCGCUGGAGUUGGAAGAGGUGGUGUCGAGCAUGUUGACCGGGAGGAUCCCCAAAUUGUGGGCGGGCGUGUCUUAUCCCUCGCUGAAGCCGCUCGGGAGUUACGUCAAGGAUUUCCUGGCGAGGUUGAGCUUCCUGCAGAGCUGGAUGGACAGAGGGGCGCCGAAAACCUUCUGGUUAUCCGGCUUCUUUUUCACGCAGGCCUUCUUGACGGGGGCCCAGCAGAAUUACGCCAGGAAAUAUCAAAUUCCCAUCGAUUUGUUGGCUUUCGAUUUCGAGGUUCUAAGAGAAGCUAAAGUUAACAAAGCGCCGGAUGAUGGUGUGUUCGUUUACGGGCUGUUUCUGGACGGAGCUCGUUGGAACAUGCAAAUAUAUUCUGUGGACGAAUCCUAUCCGAAAGUGCUGUACGACACCGUGCCAUACAUCUGGAUGAAGCCUUUGAAGCGAGAGAACUUAUCAUUGGGCGAGAGAUACGUGACCCCCGUAUAUAAAACCGCUGAAAGACGAGGAGUGCUAUCCACUACUGGACACUCCACCAAUUUCGUAAUUCCUGUCUUUAUGCCGUCCAACAAACCACAGUCUCAUUGGAUUAUGCGCGGUGUUGCCAUGCUGUGCGCGCUAUCCGAGUAAACGCUAAUUUUAUCUAUGCAAUAUUUUAACUUACAUAUCUAUUAUAUAUUAGUUUUUGUAUAUCGUAUUUUAUUAAAAUCCAGUAUUGUUGUAUAAAAAGUAGGUAUUUUUUGAUCAAAAUUUAACAACCGAGUAACCACAAAAUCAAUUCAUUGGUUUCUUUUUAUUUGCAAUAAUUAAAUUUUUUGUUGAUAGUAAAAUUUGUAUUUUCGCGGUUAUGUCAAUGUCAAUUGUCUAGUAUGUCACUUUUGUAUCUGUCACUGUAGUUAGACAGUUGUAUCUUUUUGCACAAGAUUGAAUAUAAAAAACAGUUAUUUGCAUAAUCUCUGAAUAUCAUUUUUGAAACUAAAAAACAUCAAGAAAAAAACGUAUCGUUUAAUUUGCUUUAACUUUAACUGAAAAUAUUAGAGGAUGUUUAAGUAUAGACCUGUUAAAUGCAUUUUUAAUGGCUUUCGCCCUUUUUACCGGUAACCCUUUUAAAAUCGCCCAUAUUAGUCGUGUUUAUGGGCGAUCCGAUAAUAGCUAAGUGAUCGAUUUGAGUGACUUCACCCCCGCCUAAAUUAUCCCUAACGAAAAACUGGAUGUUUUGUACGUUCUGGAACUUCACGAAGCGCAAAUUGAUAGGAUUUCCUUCCACGUCACUGGGCUCCAAGUCGAGAAUUUGAACGCUCGUAUAGCUAUCGGCCAUAUCGAAAUCCAAAGUUCUAGGCUGGUUAAUGAAAAUUUUCACACUCUUAGGACCUUUAUCGGAAGGCGCGGUGAUUCGUAAACUGUGAAUCUUCACGGAUUGGUUGAACGUAAUCGAUAUUAUCAACUGUUCAUCACAAUCCGAUUGUAAGAAUCCUCCACUGGCUGUAAGGCAAUGGGCCAAAGGAUGAUCAUCGCUUUCAUUCAAACACUCGCAUUGCGAUUUCGAAAUAAACGGAGAUAAAUCCAUAUGUCCAGCGACUCCUUCACCUUCUUCGGUGUCUUCAGUUCCAUAGUAUUGCUGUAUCUUAUUUUCCAGCGAUACAGGAUCAGCGCCUUGCAGACGAUCCACUUUUGUCUUAUUGCGAUAGAAUAUGAAGGUAGGCAUAGCGGACACGCCUUGAGACGCAGCAGUUUCUUGACAGUUAUCGACAUCAAUCUUCAAGAACACAGCUCGAGGAUAUUUCGCAGCCAAUACUUCGAACACUGGCCCUAUCCUCUGGCAUGGUCCACACCAAGUGGCAGUGAAAUCGGCUACUACGAGACGAGUUGCUGCGUUGGCGAGUUCAGUUUGGAAAUGGGCCUCAUCGCUUAUCACUUUUAUGGAUCCCAUGGUAGACUUAGACGGAUAUUUAACGUUUGUAAUGGAUAAUUUGAUAUAUUUUGGGAACGUAAAAAAUAUGCAAGUUCACUUUUCAACAAAUCGAACUGUCAAAUGUCAUACUUACACCGCACUUUUUCUUCUUUCAAAUUGAAAUUUGAUGUCUCUACUGUUUAUUG